UCUUCCAUUGCAAGGAGUGUACCUGCUCAUUCUUCUCUCUUGCAGACAAUUUAGAACGCUCUCUACAUUUCUUCGCCCAAGAUUUCCUCCUCGAAUCUACAAAUAUCAGAACAAACGCCCAUUCGAUUUGACUGUUUUCUUCCUCUCUUCAAGAUCUGCAUUCGCCUCCUUCUUGCUUUGCAUUGUAUUGAAUCUGAAAACUUAGUGCCCAAUCCACCUGCUUCCAAUGGGUUCUUGUAAUGAAGAGAAUCUUCCUGCUGUUGGAGAGGUGGAGCAACCAUUUAAGAUCUUUGUGGGCUAUGAUGUUCGUGAAGAUCUUGCAUAUGAGGUCUGUCGCCAUUCCAUCCUGAAGCGAUCUUCAAUUCCCGUUGAAAUCAUACCAAUCAAGCAGGCAGAUCUAAGAACGAAUGGCGUCUAUUGGCGUGAGAGAGGACAACUUGAAAGCACAGAGUUCUCAUUUUCCCGGUUCUUAACUCCAUAUUUGGCGAAUUACGAAGGAUGGGCAAUGUUUGUUGAUUGUGAUUUUCUGUAUCUAGCUGACAUUAAGGAACUAAGAGACUUGAUUGACAAUAAGUUUGCAGUUAUGUGUGUCCACCAUGAUUACACGCCAAAAGAAACAACAAAAAUGGAUGGUGCAGUACAAACUGUAUACCCAAGGAAGAACUGGUCUUCAAUGGUUUUGUACAACUGUGGGCAUCCAAAGAACAAAUUGUUGACACCUGAGACUGUCAACACUCAAACUGGUGCAUUUCUUCAUAGAUUCCAAUGGCUUGAGGACGAUGAAAUUGGGUCAGUCCCAUUUGUUUGGAACUUUCUUGAGGGCCAUAACAAGAGUGUAGAGGGUGAUUUAACCACUCUCCCUAAAGCAAUUCAUUACACUCGUGGUGGACCAUGGUUUGAAGCUUGGAAGAAUUGCGAAUUUGCAGAUCUCUGGCUUAAAGAAAUGGAGGAAUAUCAGAAGGAGGCCGUGAAGAAAUCUGCAGAAUAGAAAGUAAGUUCUAAAAAAGUUCAAUUGUGGAAUUGAAAUUCUUUGGAUAUUUGCUUCAUAUUCUUUAUACUUGUUUGGUUGAUUGAAGUGUAGAUUCUAAUAUGGAAUAUGAGAUAGUAUGGGUAUCUGUAGUUGUAUUAUUAUGUGUGCCUAAUUCAGGUGAUGAUCAGACUUUGAUAGUGUUGUAUUCCCUACACAUUCCCUUAAGAUAUACGUAUUUAUUAUGCUCUUUUGUAUAAGAAAUUCAUGAAUGUCGUUGCUGUAAUAUUGUAUAACAAAAAACUUGUAGCUGGUAAUAGCAAUUCCCAAAAUUUAUUGGUUGAGAAGCUAUUUAUGUU